AUGCUUAGUGUCGACGAUCUUGAAAGCUUCCAGGCAGCACUCAAGGCCAAGAAUUUGUCAGCUGACAAGGACGACGUAGAAUUCGCCGUUUUCCGAGACAUUCUAUCGGGCUCUUCGACGAGAGCAAACGAUUGGCAGGCGCAGUGUUUGAAGAGCAAGGAACUUCGUCAAGCCACUAAAACUCAGUUUCACACCAGAGUUUAUCCAUUGGUUCACAAGAACCACGUCAUACGGAUCAUAUCUCUGGGGAGUAACGGAGGUUUUGUCAUCGGUAGCAAUGAUGGAAUGCUCACCACGUGGACAAGCGACUUCAAGCUGAGGCAAACGACUCGAUUACCAAGUAGGUCGCGAGCACAAUCUGGCAGGCAAAAGUGGUACACUGACCUUUUGUUUCUCAAUGAUGUAAACAAGUUCAUUGUCAGUACUGGAAAGCUUUUGGAUAAAAAACAGCAUGCAAUAGCUUGGGGCGAUUCCAGCGGAAACAUAAGCAUCCUCUUGCUUAGAGAUUUGGCUGAUCUUCUGCAUGGAUGGCGAUUGCUGCAACCGAUGGAAGUACAACCCGAAAUGAGUAUCAGUGCUGUGGUAGUGGAUCCGAAGGUCUCCUUCCUUCGUUGGAAAACUCACAAUGAAUGGGCUGCUAAAAGCAUCCGUGUAUGGAACUUCGCCACUGGCCAACUGGUUUCCGAGGUCAUCGACGCACAUGAUGGGGAGCCAAUCACGUGCAUGUGUUUUGACUUGACCGAGAGGCGACUCAUAACAGGUGGAAGAGACGGCGUUGUGCGUAUUUGGAAUCAUCACUCCGGCGCUUGCUUACUGGAGCUACGACCCAAAGUGGAACACAGUGAUGGAUAUAUAAUAUCCGCAGUUGAAUGCGUAAACAUUGGAACAGGAAGGUACAUUGCAGUUGUUGGCUGGAAUACGAGGGUAACACUUUACCAAGACGACUUAGAAACAGUUUGGGGAGAAGGAGGUGGUGAGAUUGAGCAACAUUUUCUCCCUCCCUGGCGUCAAGAUGGCACUGCAGUGGAGGGACAUCAUGAGCAUAUCUGCGAAAUAACUGUCUCAAGACGCUCAAAUCUUCUGGGAACUGGUGACUUUGGCGGAGAAAUCUGUGUCUGGAACGCUGUCAGUGGACAUGUUUUGAAGCGUCUUGAAGAGCAGGUUGAUGCAAAGAGUCAUCAAAAGCAAAGUUUGACUGGAUUGGCAUUUCUUGAAAGUAGGAAGGACUUAAAAGAUGCAGCUAAUCUUGUCUCCUGUGGACCAGGUGAAAUCAUUCACUUCUGGGCUUUCUAUGCCAGUGAAUCUCACUACGCUUCCUUCCAUGUAUCCCCCAUCAAGAAUGUAGCAGCAACAACAAUGGCUUUGGGACUAUUAGUUGAGGAUGAGAAAACAACCGACUCCUACCUCUUUACUGGUGACGAAUUAGGAUGGAUUCAAGUUUGGGACAUCAAAAGCUACUGCUUACGCGAGCCUGAAAAGACUCAUCCACCAAAGUUGCACACAUGGAGAGCUCACACGGAACGCGUUACCAGCACAGAAGCAGUCAACACGAGGCAGUUACUGGUUACCACGUCUGUCGAUUGUUGUGCACGUUUGUGGUCAUGGAGCGGUGCUUUCAUCGGGACAUUUGGCCAGCCCACACUGUGGAACAUGGCGAACGUGAUUUCAGCGAGCCGACAAAUGGGGCCGUUUGAUGUGCUGAUGGACCCACGAACUCACGCCGUUCCGGAGCUUCAAGCAAUCCGUCAGGAGGCCACUUCAAGCCGUGUGGGUACAAAACCCAGUAAAGUAGGACAGGAUGCAGACUUUGACAAUUACGCAAGAAAACUGUUCGGUGAACCGUCUUCUCAGAGCGUAGGAAUAUACAAGUCUAUAGCAGAAGCUCUGAAUGAACCCGAAAGUCUCUUCAGCGAGAUGGAUAUCAAAGAAAAUGUGCGAUUGGCACUGAGUGAAGAGGAUUUGAUGAGAAAUGAAGCGCAUCCAAGGGUUUUCCAUCAUCUCACAAUUUAUCCCCUGAGGGAUGAGGCAGCGUUCAUGAAACCCAAGAGCUACACCGAUCCCGAGAGUAUGAUGGAGGACGUCGUGGAAGCGAAGCUCGACGAAGAGCUGUCGCCGUUAAAGCCGACACUUGAAGACCGAAUUAUGCUUCAAUAUUAUUAA